AAUCACUUCCUGUGUUUCAUCAAGACCAAACCUACCGGUAGACUGAGGUCGACUGUUUCUUAGGAUUUAAAAAAAUGUUUUCCAGACUUGCAAGACCCUCUCAAAUUAUUUUUGUCGCAAGGAAGCACUUUUCGACUUCUUCUAAGACUCUACCAGACUCUACCUGCAUCGGCCCAUGGAAUGACAGCAAAGUAGCAGUGUUGGGAGCUGCUGGUGGAAUUGGCCAGCCCCUGUCCCUCCUGUUGAAACAGUCACCUCUCAUUUCACACCUCUCCCUCUAUGACAUUGCUCACACACCUGGAGUGGCUGCUGACCUCAGCCAUAUUGAGACUCGACCAAAAGUGACUGGCCACAUGGGAGAUGAGCAACUGGCAGAUUGCGUUAAAGAUGCUGACUUGGUGCUUAUACCUGCUGGAGUACCCAGGAAACCUGGUAUGACCCGUGAUGACUUGUUCAACACAAAUGCCAGCAUUGUGGCCAAUCUGAUUGAUUCAUGUGCACAGAACUGCCCAAAAGCUAUGAUUGGCAUCAUCACCAACCCUGUGAACUCCACCGUGCCCAUCGCCUCUGAGGUGUUGAAGCUUCGUGGUGUGUACGACAAGAAUAGAGUGUUUGGUGUGACCACCUUGGAUGUUGUAAGGUCCAACACAUUCAUUGCUGAAGCAAAGGGUUUGGAUGUGAACAAAGUGUUCUGUCCAGUAAUUGGAGGCCACAGUGGCAUCACCAUCGUACCAGUGAUCUCGCAGUGCUCCCCGUCCGUGUCCUUCCCUCAGGAUCAAAGAGCGGCCAUCAGUGUGAGAAUCCAAAAUGCUGGCACUGAAGUGGUGGAAGCGAAGGCUGGAGCUGGCUCGGCUACACUGUCCAUGGCUUACGCUGCUGCGGAGUUUGCCAACUCCCUGCUGGAGGCCAUGAACGGCACAGAAGGCAAAGUGCAGUGUGCCUUUGUUGCCUCAGACGAGACGGACGCCAAGUACUUCGCCACACCAGUCUUGUUAGGGAAAAAUGGAGUGGAGAAAAAUCUGGGCAUUGGCCACUUGCUAGACUAUGAACGCAAACUUGUCACCGCUGCCAUGGAUGAACUGAAGUCAAACAUCGAGAAAGGAGAAGAGUUUGUCGCGAAGCAGUUCAAGAAAUAGACGUUGCAACUGGGAAGUAUUAAGACCAUUUAAACUUGUGAUGACAACAUGCUGAGUGGGGAGUUGUUUCUGUUGGUGGCAGGCUUUUGAUGAUGCUUGCUCCUCUGCACACAUAAGUGCAUACCUCAUCUUGUUCAUUUUGUACUCCCGAGCCAAUUUUUAAUUUUCAUUACCCUGAAACAGAUACGGUACAUGAGAUUGUAAGCAGAGUUAUUUCCUUGUUUAUUUAUGUGAUGACUACUGUUGGUCUGUGUUUUGAAUACUCACUGAGAUUCAAAAUGUUUUAAAUAUAACUUCAUUUUAAUUUUUAUGGCUGAAGAAUGAACAUUGAGUAAUAAAUUUCAGGUGCUGUUUAGUUUGUUAGGUUUUUGUACCAACAAGACUGGUUUGAUAUUGUUGAAGACACAGAGCCUGCCACCAACAGGACUGUGUGUGAAAGGACAUCUGUGGAAAAUACGAGAAGAAUGGGAUUAUAUUUUGGUUUUCUAGACAUACAUAUAUACAUAUAUUAUGUGUGUGUGUUGUUACUGUUAAAGCUCAGCUUUGUAAAAAAGGGAGAACUUACUUAUUCUCUGUUCAUGUAGAAUUCCUUUUGUUUUCGUACUGCCUUGUGCAAGUAGCAGUUCAUGAGCAUGGAGAUAGACAGCAUUUGCUGCCAUUAGAAAGUGGUUUUUGUUUUGUAAUUCUAUUAGAUCCGUAGAGAAACAUACAGAUGGACAAUAUUUGCAACCCCAUCAGUACAGUGAUGUUCAUUUUGUAGUUUUACUAGAUCUGUAGAGACAAAACGUGUGUAUUUGAUUUCCUUUUGAAAUUUCGCCUGGAUCUGUGGAGUUAUUGGAAUGACCACUGUAAGCUAACCACCGACUCCUUGUGCUAGUGGACUGUGUUUCUGGUGCCUACGUCGAGACUGUGGCCUGUUCUAUCUAAUUCUAAUUGUUACUUUUGUCCAGCCGCUGCACUGUUUACUACCUUGAAGCCAACAGUAUAUCUAGGUUGCAUUCAGCUUUUUCUUCUCAAUGUUGGAUGUCUGAUUUUGUACAAUACACAAAACACUUUCAUUGUCAUGGCAUAUUAUCUUAUGUAUGUAGGUUUUAUUCCCCGUAGAACUGACGUUUCAAUAUUUUGUCAUUUUAAUAGUUUGGUAGACAUGCCUUUUGCGUUGUUUAGAGAUAUCACUAACUUUGGAAAAAAUUAUUGGCCUACUCGUUUCAGCUUUUAGGAUAGAAAGCCUGUCACAUGUCUCUUGUAGCAGUACCUGCAAUGUGGAAUUUUUCCACCCUUUUUUUUCUGUUGAGAUAAUAAAUUAAAGUUUGUGAAAUGACAC